UAGCGCUGAUAAAAUGGCCACCACGGAUGCUGCUGGAGCCCUCAGUCUCAUGGAGGCGAAGAACAACUGAGAUUCGUAGCCAUCUGCGUCCAGGAAAGCGACUUUGGAGGCCCCGAAGGACGCCGGAUCCUCGACGGCGGGAGUUUGUGCUGUGAACUCUUCAACUUAGCUGCGUGUUGACUGGCCGGUUAGUUAGCAGCUCGGUUUAGCUUCAGCUAAAGGCUGCUGCUAGCCCGCCUGCUUAGUUACUUUAGAGAGUUUGAGGGGGGGUAACAGAGCCACCCGAGGGCAAAAGCGGUCAACCCUCCAAUGGCCGACCCCAGAAAAGUCCCUUUCGUGACUCUCGCUUCGUACAGCGCGGCUCCCGAAUCCAAGAAACGACGAAGGGAGGAGGAGAGCGAGGUCAGCCCUCACCAUCCUCACCAUCAUCACCACCUCCCGAGGGAUGGAGGGGCUGGGGCCGGGGCCGGGGCUGCUGGGUUAUUCGGGGCUGGAAAAGCCCCAGGCGGCAGCGGCAGCGGCGGCGGAGGUGGCGGCAGUGCCUCGGGAGAACCGGAGCCAACAGUGCGGCUGAGUCUCUCCCUGUCUGAGCCGAGCGACCACGGAUCUGCAGAGUUCAGCUACAGCGAGCUGAUCCAGCAGGUCAGGAAAGUUCCUCAAGGGCUCCCCCCACCCCUGGACCCCAAUGAUCCAUUUGCAGACGAAGAUCGAGAGAGACGAGAGGUCGAAGCUCUGGCCAAGAAAUUUGAGAGUAAAUAUGGGAACGCAGGGAGAAAGAAGAAGAAGGACCGCAUGCAGGACCUCAUUGACAUUGGUUAUGGCUACGACGAGACAGAUCCAUUCAUUGACAACUCUGAGGCUUAUGAUGAGCUUGUGCCUGCAUCCCUCACCACUAAGCUCGGAGGCUUUUACAUCAACACGGGUACUCUGCAGUUCAGAAAUGCCUCAGAGUCUGAGGAUGAGGAGGGCAACAAGGACGGAAACCACUUCAAGGUUCACACAGAUCUCCCCUCUCGACCAGUGGGCUUUAAAUGUCUCAGAGAUCAGACUGUAAAACAGGGAAUCCCAUUUUCAAAACUCAAGGAUGGUGAAGAGCGAGUGAUUAAAAAAAGAAAGAAGAAAGAUGGCUCUUUAGAGGAGAAGAAACCCAGAAAGAAUCGAGUACCAAAGCCGGGGGUGUCUGCUCUGAACCGGCCUGAGAAGAAGAAGAGGAAGAAGUUGAUGAAGGAUUCACUCUCAUUGGCAGCCAUGAUCCGCCGCUUCACCCGUGAGAAAGAGGAAAUGAGGAAAAAGAACCCUGUAGUGGCCGGCCCCCUUAAAGUCCCACGUGGACCCCCGAAUGCCAACAGACCCAUGCUUAACUCCAACUCUGUACCCCCAGGCAACGACCUCUCUAUGGCUGACCUCACCAACGACCCUGUGAUGUCACUACUGGGUUCAGCCAAUGACAAUGAGAUGCUGCAGGACCUGAUGGGUGAUCUGGACUUUGCGCUGCUGGACCCUACGGAGCCCUCCAGUCCAGGGCAAGGGGAGAACGGCAGUGUUGGAGCUCAGAGAGGAAGCACCCCAGGCAGGGUGCAGAGGACAGGUCUUAUGCCCCCUCCUCCACUGCCGGAUGGUCUGCCUGCCCCCCUCAUCAAACGUAUCGAGGACUUGCGAGCGGCAUCUCGACAGUUUGACAUGGAGGGAAGGAAGAAGUUCUUUACGCUGGACAUGAACAACAUCCUCUUGGAUAUUGAGCUGCAAGUUCAGGAGCAGCCGGCUGAAGUGCGCUCUGCUGUGUAUUCCCACCUUGAGGCCUUCGUUCCUUGUAACAAAGAGGCUCUGCUGAAGAGGCUGAAGAAGCUCAGUCUGAACGUGCAGGAUGAUAGGCUGAAAAAACCGCUGCUCAAACUCAAACUGGCCGUCUGCAGCGCCAUGCCUGAGCAGAUCGCUCGCUACAACAUGGACUGCAUGGCGAAAGUGGCCAAGCAGAUGUCUGAGGAUGGGGAGAAGAAUGGUUCAGAGGAUGAAGAUGAGGAGAAGCCGGGCAAACGGGUAAUGGGACCACGGAAGAAGUUUGUGUGGGAUGACAAACUCAGGGCCCUGCUGUGUAAUCUGGUCCGAGUGAAGCUGGGCUGUUAUGAAGCUGAAGGCCAAAAUUCUCCCUCUCCUGAAGACUACCUCAAAGCCUUUAUGGAGACUGAGGUGAAACCCCUCUGGCCUAAAGGCUGGAUGCAGGCCAGGAUGCUGAUUAAAGAGAGCCGCAUGGCCCACGGACACCUCACAGGAAACACGGUGAAGAAAAAGAUGGUCCCCACUCCAAAAAUGAAACCAAAACCUCAGGAUGGUGGCUGGGUCCAGCAGCCAACUGCGUCCAUGGAGACAGGUGUGCAGCAGCCUGGCCUUCUGCCCAAGCCGCCGUCCCCAUCCGAGCCCAUCUGCCUUUCGGACUCUCUGGAUGAGGAUUUGGGCGGAGCUCCAUCUCUGGACUCCAUCUCACAGGCACUGGCUCUACUCAGCAGUGCUGCUAAGGGGCUAAUUCAGUCUGACAGCCCAGUGUCCCCCGAGGGCCCUAAACCCUCCAGCCCUACGGCUCCCCAUACCUCCACAACUCCGCUCCCCAAAAAGACCAGCACCACUACUGCCCCGUCUGUGCCCGCUGCCACCGUGCCACUGCCCACGAGUAGCUCUCACUUUGUCUCUUCUCCGUCUCCCUCCAUCUCUCGUCCUGCGUCGGUGUCCAUCUCUUCUUCCCCUGCUGUUAGGAGUGAGGGAUUGGCAGGGGCGAAGGUCAGCAUGGGCGGUGUGUCUCAGGUGCAAAGACAUUCCGUUAUGACGGCCCAACGUCCUGUCGUUGCUGUUAGCAACAAGCUGAGCAUGCCUGGUACGCCGUCUCCGCCGAAACCGAGGCCGCCGCCCACUGCCUCGCCGCUACUCCCUCCUCACAAAAGCUUCAGCUCACCCGUGGGAAAAUCCCCCAUGGUCACGUCCCCGGGCCAACACAAGUCCAGCAAUAAUAAUGGCAGUAGAAUAGGAGACAUAAGCUUAUCAUCUCGGCCUCCUGUGCUCCCUACUUCUUGUGCACCGCCGUCUUCUUCCGCUUCUUCCUCAUCCUCUUCCACGCUCCUCGCUGCCAAAACGCCACAGGCCUUACAUAUACCACAGUCCAAAAAUGCCCCACAUGAGUCCUCACGCUCAGUGCCCUCUCCCUCCCCAUCUCAGCCAAAACCGCAGCAUCAACAGUCCAAUUUUAUCACCCCAAUGCAUGCUACGCUCACCAAAUCCCCCCACAGCUCCAACUCCCCCAUCCUCAAACUCACCCCUCGAGUAUCAACCCCCAGCGUGGCUACCAGCUCUCCUUCCCCCUCCCCCACCCUCAGACCGCCUACAUUACCCAGCGUGCACCAGUACUCCUCUAAAAGCCCAGGGUUUCACACGGGGUUCUCAGGUGUCAGGGCCAAUUAUAGCUCCCCUGUAGGGCAGCAAAAGAAUUCCUCUCAGGUGAACAGCGGCAACCUCACAAGCACUCCUUCCUCCAUCACGAAGCCUCCAACCAGCGCCUCGCCCGUUGUAGGCUCGGCCAAUCAUGGACAGCGGCAAAGGCCAGCAGGCAUGGCUAAUCAGGGGACUAAGACGAUGGUGUCGGUUUCCUCAGCAUCGGCCUCUCAGCUGCCACAGGUUUCAUCAUCCAGUGGAGCUCUGCUAGGCUCAGGUGCCCCAAAUUUGCCACUGGGAUUCGGGAUGCUGGGAGGGUUGGUGCCUGUUUCUCUGCCCUUCCAGUUCCCAGGCCUGCUCAACCUCCCAACUCCCACAGUUACUGCUGCAGCGGCCAAUUCUGCUAACCCCACCAGCUCAGGAUACAGUCUACCCCCCAAUUUGUUAAAGGGUCUCAUGUCAGGUGCUCAGGCUGCUCUGCCUCCUCACUUGCAACUCGCUUUCUCAGAUGUCACUCAAAGCCAGGGUGGAGACGUGAAGAGGAAGUCACUAUGACCUAUCACCCAGGAUCUGCUGGACUCUAUAGGAAAGCUCAUGUGAACUGACUCUGAUAAUGCGUGAAUCUGGGUGGCUUUCGUACUGAAAUGGACAUAACCAAGGGGCCCACCCACAUAUGCAUGGACUGCUGGCUUACCCAAUAAGAAUGGAUCAAUUUUUUUUUUUUUUUUUAUUAAUAAUAUUAUCAUUGGAAUGGAUGAUUUUUUUUUUUUUGGCUAAUGUUUACACAGACAGACCUUAAUCACUGUGGACAGGGAGGGAAAACUGUGUAUAUGUACACAAUGAGUUGAGUGAUUUGUGUGUGUUGAUUGCUGAACCACUGAGUGAAUUCCGGAUGCUUUAAUGAAUGAGGUAGCUAGAGAAUGAAUGAGUGAGUGAAUUCAUCCCUCCCUCUCUCAGGUGUAGGUCAGUGUCUCUGGUGCUGUUCCCAGUGGAAUUAUAAGCCCCUGUUGAACAAAAAUUAUUUUAUAUCCAAAUGAAAGUGGGGACUUGGGGGUGGGGGGGUGAAUUUGUAUUGUACUUGAAUUUUCAAAAUUUGUCUACUUAAGCUGAACUCCACACUAGCUAAAUAAAAAGCAUUAGUUAGUCCCAGCAA